CGUAACCCCUGCAAAUUGUAGACAUAGCUACGUAUGGAUGCAUAUUCCAUCACAAUAGCACUCAUUCGGGGUUCCCUCACUUGAUUCCCAGUCCACGUCCUUCCUUUAAAAACAUGUCGGAUGCUCACUGCUUCUACUGGCCAUCAUGGUCCACAAGCACACGGCCAUUGAACGUUAUAAUUGCGCCGUUGGUUGACUGGCGACCACAUCAACGGCCGGCCAAUACCUCCUACAGCACCAACAUAACACACCAUCAACAUGUCUGUCGCCUCCUCAUCCCCACCCACCUCCCCAACGGCAACGAAGCCACAGCAUAGCUGUCUCGAGUGCAAGAGACUCAAGCGAGCCUGUGAUAAGAAACUCCCUUGCGGUAAAUGCGCCAGAGCAAAUCGGAUUUGCGAGUACAAGGACCCGUCCGAUGAUGGCGCUUUCAGCCCAAUCUCGUCAGCAAAGGACAUCGACACAUACGCCUAUGGCACUCUCAUGGAGAUCCACCACAACAAGUCCAAAGUAAUGGAUGCUGUCUCACUGUACUUUGACGGCAUCAACACCUGGUUCACCAUCAUCGAGAGGGUUAGCUUCGAGGCGCAACUUGAGAGCACCUGGGACGAUCUGUCGGCCGAAACGAGCAUCAUGGUGCUGUGCAUGGCCCUCGUCGCCCUCCCAUCGAAUCAGAAGCAGGGCAGGGGCAUGGCAGAUGCCACCUACACCUCCAUCAAAUCCGUUUUGAGCGCCGUCCAGAGCGAACUUCCUAUUCCCAUGUCGGUCCCACUGCUGCAGGCCGAGCUCCUCGUCGCCCUGUACGAAUUCUCCCACUCGAUGCCCCAGCAGGCCUAUCUGUCCCUCGGACGCUGCUUCCAAAUGACUAGGGCGCUUGGUUGGCACGAUAGCGCCUUUUGGUCGUCCGUCGAACACGGUGAGCCAACCAUGCUGAGACAGCUGAAGCUCAAGUCCAUCCUGUGGUGGGCGAUUGUCUAUAUCGACUGCCUCCUGAACAUCGCAUACCAACACCAAUCGUACCCGAUGCACACGACAGACCUGGCUCCAUUCUCCGUGAUACCCCGUCCGGAGGCCUUUGAUCAACACUUUCUCACCAGCGUCCCAUUCCAGUUCGGAGUCCAGAACCAGGCGCUCCAGGAUCCCAACAGCGACGUGAUUGAGGGUAUCGUCUUCCCCGAGGCCACCUCGGCUUGGUAUCUCAGCCUUGUCUUGCAGCAGCUCUCAAACCCUACGCAGGCGGGCAUCGAUUCCAAGGCGCUCUCGGACAAAAUCUGGCAGCACGCACGGCUCACGGCGUCUGCAAGGUGGAGGGCCGGCGAUCGGAACGCAGCCGUCGGCACGGACUUGAUCGCGCUGCUGAAGCUCAACCAGCCCGCCCUUUUCGGCGGCAUCGGCUCCAUACCAUGCGUCGACCCGACUCACGACGAAGCCGCCCGAGGGAUAAUCCGGACCGUCAUCGACGUGAUCCACGACAAGGCGGGCAGCCUCGCCAAGUCCCAAGAUCGACUGAAGAGGGGCGCCAUCGGCCCGUCCUGGGCAUUCGCCAUGUGCUACGCCUCGCUGUUGCUCAUCCACCAUGGCGACGGCGCUCUCCAGGACUCCGGCUGGCUCGACAAGGUCCGCCACCUGAAGAGCACACUCGACAAGGUGGCAAAUAGGUGGAAGAUCGCAGAACUUUACUGCGAUUCCGUCAAAAUCGCCCUCGACAACCGUCAUACCCCGUAUAUCGGGUGAACUAUAAUAUAGUCAACCAGUGAGAACCACAGUAGUGGACCAGGCUUCCUUUCUUCUUCUUUUCCUUCGUCUCUUCCUUUUCCUUGCCUCACACUCUCUCUUGGAUACGGCAUUUGGCGGAUUCGAAUCGUUGUUCGGCGUUCUGAACUUGGUGGAUCGAGAUACCCUUCCAGCUCUGUUUUAACAACUUUCAUGAUGGAUGGAUGAACUGCGAUGGUGGAUGCCAGUCUGGUUUGAUGGACCGCGUAGGAGCAGCUUGGGCCGCGCAGCCGUGUUAUGGGCUUGGGGAAAGUGCUCACUUGACGGUAAUUUGCCGCUUGACUGGAUUUCCUGCAGUAGCAGUCAAACAGACUAUAAGCCUUCUCUAAGUCGCUGUUGCUUGUGCUGCUUGUAACGAAGACAAUUGACACAACCAACAUUGGCCAGGUCAGCCAUCCGGCCAGAUUACUUUCAGCGGGAAAAGUAUUAGCGGCGCAUAUUCAAAGAGGCGGGUG